AUGGAUCAGUCUACUGUUACAGCCUCGACUAGGCAAGAACGCAGUACUCGCAGACGACCUCGUGAUGAAACUACUGAAAGCAUGGACACAACAGUUACAGAAUCUCAACAAGCAGCCAAAAGACCUCGUACAGAGACGGCAAGCAUUGAUGUUGGCAGAUACAAGCUCUUCCGUUCAUAUGUUCGCAAAGUGUUUGAUGAGAUUGGCACUACCGAUGACAUGGUAGAUCUAGAUAGAGUCACUGAAGGAGUGCAAUCACAGGCCGGCACAAACCAGUUCACGGCUGGAGAGCUAGAAGCCGGAUACGAGCGCAUGGCUAGUGACAAUGCAAUCAUGAUCGCUGAUAACAAGAUCACUCUCAUCUAA